AUGCCUGGUGUUGCGAUCAAGCAUGUGUGCUACCAUUGUUAUCCCUGCCUCCUCCCGCCCGCUGGCAACAGCACGCCGCGCCUCCUCCCGCCCGCUGGCAACAGGACACCCCGCCUCCUCCUAACCUCUGCCAACAGGACGCCCCGCCUCCUCCUAGCCUCUGCCAACAGGACGCCCUGCCUCCUCCCGCCCACUGCCAACAGGACGCCUCGCCUCCUCCUAGCCUCUGCCAGCAGGACGCCCUGCUUCCUCCCGCCCGCUAGCAACAGGACACCCUGCCUCCUCCAGGCCUCUGGCAACAGGACGCCCCGCCUCCUCCCGCCCACUGGCAACAGGACACACCGCCUCCUCCUAGCCUCUGCCAGCAGGACGCCCUGCCUCCUCCCACCCGCUAGCAACAGGACACCCCGCCUCCUCCAGGCCUCUGGCAACAGGACGCCCUGCCUCCUCCCGCCCGCUAGCAACAGGACACCCCGCCUCCUCCUAGCCUCUGCCAGCAGGACGCCCCGCCUCCUCCCGCCCACUGGCAACAGGACACCCCGCCUCCUCCUAGCCUCUGCCAGCAGGACGCCCUGCCUCCUCCCACCCGCUAGCAACAGGACACCCCGCCUCCUCCCGCCCACUGGCAACAGGACACCCCGCCUCCUCCAGGCCUCUGGCAACAGGAUGCCCCGCCUCCUCCCGCCCACAGGCAACAGGACACCCCGCCUCCUCCUAGCCUCUGCCAGCAGGACGCCCCGCCUCCUCCCGCCCACUGGCAACAGGACACCCCGCCUCCUCCUAGCCUCUGGCAACAGGACGCCCCGCCUCCUCCCGCCCACUGGCAACAGGACACCCCGCCUCCUCCUAGCCUCUGGCAACAGCACGCCCCGCCUCCUCCCCGCCGCUGCCAACAGGACGCCCCGCCUCCUCCCGCCCACUGGCAACAGGACACCCCGCCUCCUCCCCGCCGCUGCCAACAGGACGCCCCGCCUCCUCCCGCCCACUGGCAACAGGACACCCCGCCUCCUCCCCGCCGCUGCCAACAGGACGCCCCGCCUCCUCCCGCCCACUGGCAACAGGACACCCCGCCUCCUCCCCGCCGCUGCCAACAGGACGCCCCGCCUCCUCCCGCCCACUGGCAACAGGACACCCCGCCUCCUCCUAGCCUCUGGCAACAGCACGCCCCGCCUCCUCCCCGCCGCUGCCAACAGGACGCCCCGCCUCCUCCCGCCCACUGGCAACAGGACACCCCGCCUCCUCCUAGCCUCUGGCAACAGCACGCCCCGCCUCCUCCCCGCCGCUGCCAACAGGACGCCCCGCCUCCUCCCGCCCACUGGCAACAGGACACCCCGCCUCCUCCUAGCCUCUGGCAACAGCACGCCCCGCCUCCUCCUAGCCUCUGGCAACAGCACGCCCCGCCUCCUCCCCGCCGCUGCCAACAGGACACCCCGCCUCCUCCCGCCCGCUAGCAACAGGACACCCCGCCUCCUUCAGGCCUCUGGCAACAGGAUGCCCCACCUUCUCCUAGCCUCUGCCAACAGGACGCCUCCCUCUGUUCAUUACUGA